UCUCUCUCAAAUUUCAACUAGGAGCCUCGGAGGCACAAGAAGAACUAGCACAAUCCACUUUUUCACUUGCCAAAAUUUUCCUUAGUUAAUCCUUCAUUUGCGAAAAGAUAGAGUCAAGACUCAAGACACCAUGCCGCUCUUGGAAACGCUAGGAGGUGCAGCUUUUGGGGCUGUUCUUACAAUACUAUUAGAGAAGAUGGCUUCUCAGAAGUUCCUGGACUUGUUCAAGAAGUGGAAAUUCAAUGCUGCUCUGCUUCCAAAGCUAAAGUUUGUGCUGCUGACAGUCAGGGUAGUGCUGAGUGAUGCAGAGGAGAAGCAAUUUACAAAUCCUUUCGUGAAGGAGUGGUUAGAUGAGCUCAAAGAUUCUGUUUAUGAAGCAGAGGAUGUACUGGAUGAGAUUGCCACGGAGGCCUUGCAAGGCAAUUCAGAAACCACUUCCUACAAGGAGAGCAUAGAAUUCAAGGUUGAAGAAAUUAUUAAGCGCCUGGAAUCUAUAGCUCAACAAAAGGACGUUCUUGGUUUGACAGAGCGUCUGGGAGGGAGACCACCAUUACGGUCUCCAUCCACUUCCUUGGUUGAUGAAUCUGAAAUAUUUGGGAGGGAGAAUGAUAAAAAAGCUAUCCUUGAUUUUUUACUGCCAACUUUUGGGAAUGCAAAUGACAUGCCAUCAAAUCAAGUCCCAGCUAGGAACGGAGUUACUGUGGUCAAUGCGAAUGAAGCCCUGAAGUCACAAGAGACUAAAGUCAAAGGGAAUGGAGCCCUGCGCCUGCCAGCAAAUGAAAAUGGAGUGCCUGCGAAUGAGAAUGGGAUCGUGGCAAAAAAGAAUGCAGCCCUACAGGCACAAGUGAAUGAUUUCAUUGCAGCGAAUCAAGAUGGAGUUCCAACAGUGACCGAGGAUGUAGUCUUCCCAGCAAAUGAAAACAGAGUCCCAGUUAUGAGGGACGAGAAAGUCAGUGAAAGGGAUUUCGCAGCAGUUGGAGUUGAAAUCCCUGUGGUUGCUGUUGUCGGUAUGCCUGGUGUUGGCAAAACAACCCUCGCUCAGCUUUUGUUCAAUGAUAGUGGAGUCAAGAAAAGUUUCGACAAAAGAAGAGUAUGGGUUCACGUUUCAGAGGAAUUUGAUAUUCUGAAAAUAACCAAAACAAUUUAUCAAUGUGUCACGUCUUCUUUUGAAUGUCCUGCAGACUUGAAUUCACUUCAGGUCAAACUACAAGAAAACCUGGAGAAAAAGAACUUCCUAUUCGUUCUGGAUGACAUCUGGAACGAGAAUUUUGUUGACUGGGAUGUCCUGCAGAGACCCUUCAAAGCUGCAGAUAGUCAGAGCAGAAUUAUUGUUACAACUCGUAGUCGUAAUGUUGCAUUGAUUAUGCGUGCUGCUUACACAUAUCAUCUGAAAACUUUAUCUGAUGACGAUUGUUGGUCCUUGUUUGCUAAACAUGCAUUCGGGCCUGGAAUACCCAAAAAACAUGCAGAGAAGAAAGAAAUCGGCGAAGAAAUAGCGAAGAGGUGUAAUGGCCUGCCUUUAGCUGCAAAAACACUUGGAGCACUCUUGUACGCUAAAGCAGAAAUUGAUGAAUGGGUUGGCGUGCUGAAUAGCGAAGUAUGGGAUCUUCCAAGUGACAAGAGCAACAUACUUCCGGCUUUAAGAUUGAGUUAUUCUCAUCUCCCUUCUCAUCUUAAACGUUGCUUUGCUUAUUGCUCCGUACUUCCAAAGAGCAAGCUAUUUGAGAAGGCGCAUUUGAUUAUGUUAUGGAGGGCGGAAGGACUGUUGCCUAGAAGAAAGAAACGAUUGGAAGAUGUAGGCGAUGAGUACUUUCGUGAGCUACUAUCAAGGUCAUUUUUUCACGACUGUGAUAAAAAAUAUUUCAAAAUGCACGAUCUUUUCAUUGAUUUAGCUAAAACUGUAGCCGCCGGGGAAUUUUUUUUCAAGUCUGAGGAUGGCAUUCUACAUGAAGUGCCUGAAACGGUUCGCUAUUUUUCAUUCACAGCUGGCAAAGUCGACGAUUCUGAACAGUUUGAUGCCUUUCAGGGUGCCAAUCACCUGCGAACUUUUCUGCUGCUAAAGCAUCCUUCUUCCUUAGGGGCUCACCGGUUGAGUACUUCUGCUUUUGCAAAUCUGAUGCAAGCGCUAAAGUUCAGUCACUUGCGUGUGCUUUCCUUGCGCGAUUAUCAUAUCGGAAAUUUGCAUGAUUCCAUUGGCAACUUAAAAUAUCUACGUUAUUUGGAUAUUUCUGGCACUGGAAUUCAAGAAUUAGGAGAAAGUGUUUGUUCUUUGUAUAAUUUGGAGACACUACUACUGUCGAGAUGUACAGAGCUCAAAAAGCUGCCUAACAACAUGCACAAUCUUAUUAAUUUACAACAUCUCGACGUCAGUAGAACUAAAGUCGAAGAAUUACCAGAAACUGUUUGUUCUUUGUAUAAUUUGGAGACACUACUAUUGUCGGGAUGUACAAUGUUGAGCAAGCUGCCUAACGACAUGCAGAAUCUUACUAAUUUACAACAUCUCGACAUCAGUAGAACUACAGUAAUGGAGAUGCCACCACAAUUCGGUAGAUUGAAGAGACUGCAUGUGUUAACGGCUUUCGUUGUGGGGGAUGGACACUCAAGCAUUAGUGAAUUGAAAGAGCUUUCUAAUCUUCGAACACUUUCUAUAUUGAGGCUGGAAAAAGUCCAUGAUGGAGAUGCCAUGGCAGCCAAUUUGAUGGAGAAAAAGUAUCUCAGUGAAUUGGUUCUUCAAUGGACGCCGAGAACUACUGCCCAAGGAAAUACCAAUCCAAUACUUAAUCAGUUACAGCCUCAUAAGAAUUUGAAGAAGCUCACCAUCGAAAACUUUGGUGGUACAACAUUUCCAAAUUGGUUGGGUAAUGCUUCAUUAUCCAAAUUGGUGUCUCUGCAUAUCAUUGGUUGUGGAAACUGCUCAUCAAUCUUGCUUCCACUUGGACAACUAUCCUCUCUCAAAGAACUCUGUCUUGCCAGAAUGGAAAAUUUAACAACAAUGGAUUUUGGAUUCUGUAGCAGUUCCUCCUCUUCAAUUGAGCCAACGGUGGAUUCUGUUGCCAACUUGAAAUUACUGUCGGUCUCAGAGUGCAAUAAUCUCCAAUCGAUGCCCCAGCAGAUGCACAGGCUUACUUCCCUUCGGACAUUAACAAUUGCUGAAUGCGCGGCUCUUGCAUCAUUUCCAGAUGGUGGCCUUCCAGUCAAUCUAGAAUUACUUUCGGUCUCAAAAUGCAAUCGUCUCCGAUCGAUGCCAGAGCAGAUGCAAAGCCUCACUUCCCUUAAAAUAUUAACAAUUUCUGAAUGCGCUGCUCUUUUAUCAUUUCCUGAUGGUGGUCUUCCAGCCAAUCUACAAUCACUCUCGGUCUCAAUUUGCAGUAGUCUCAGAUCAAUGCCAGAGCAGAUGCAGAGCCUCACUUCCCUUCAUGAAUUAAAAAUUUCUGAAUGCCGGAAUCUUGAAUCAUUUCCUGAUGGUCUCCCAUCCAAUCUAAAAUCACUUUCUAUCGCCGAAUGCAAUAACCAGCUCAUCCCCCAACGUGGAUGGUGUUUACAUAAUAUGGCUUCACUGACUUCUUUUGAUAUUCAAGGUGGAUGUAGUGGGGUGGAGUCUUUCCCUGAUGAGGGAUUGUUGCCUGCCGCUCUUACUGUUGUCCAUGUCAGUGGGUUUCAGGAUCUCAAAUCCCUUAACCUCAAGGGGUUUCGGAACCUCAACUUUCUUAAAACGUUGAAUAUCUGUGAUUGCAACAACCUCAAUUGCAUGUCAGACGGGCAACUUCCUCUAUCCCUUGAUCUUUUGAAUAUUAUUGGAAGUCCUUUGUUGAAAGAACGGUGCGAAGUAGGAGGCGAAUAUUGGAACAAGAUUUCUCAUAUCUCCGAAAUAUUCAUUGAAUAAGAGCUGGAAAGGACCCUGAUGCAACAUAAUAAGUGAGUAAACUUCUUGCUGCAGCGGAACAGCUUCCCACGUCCCUAUUCAAGUUCCUAGAAAGUGUUGGAAUUGAUGAGAGUUUACGAGAAGUGGUUUUAUGUGUUUAUUAAAAAGCAAUGGUUAUCAUUGUUUCAAGGAACCCAAUUUUGUUGUUGAAGCCCACAUCUUUCUCUUUCAACAGCACUAAUUCGGAAGGUCAUAUGUGUCUUAUUUUUAUUGCCCAAAAUCAUUAAAGGAGAGGAGAAAAAUAGAACAAGAAGAGAGUGCAAGUAGUGCAGAAUUUCUGCAGUUUUUCAAGUGAACAGCUUACUCUCUAAAGUUUUAGAGUUUGUUUAUCAUUGAAUCGAGCUCAAAUUUGGUUUGCAAGAUCCUAGCACCUGAUUCUUCAUUGUGAACAGUGGAGAUCUUGUUUGGAGCUUGAUUUCUUUAAGUCUUUGGUUAGGUGACUUCCAGCGUAGACCAGUUUCAUCAUUGUCAGCAAUUGAAAGACCAUAUGUAGUCCGAUUGAGCUGAUUUUUGGUGGACACAGUGGGGACAUUGUUCUUUAAUCUAAACGGUGGAAAUCGUGUUUUGACAAUCAGAAGGUGGUCAAUUUGCGUGGAUAACUGUUGCAUUUUGGUGAAUUCUCUCCAUAAUCUUGUUAUCUCUUAUUGAUUUAUUUGAAUUGUUUUGAGUUUUUUGAUUGAGAAUUGUUUAUGGUGGUUUGUAAUUGCUAUAAACUUUUGUUGUUAUAGUGGAGCUAUUUUAUUUGGACCAAGAGAGGUCUCGUGAUUUUAUCCUUCACUUUGAAAGAGUUUUCCCCGUUAAAGUUGUCGGGUUCUUAUGUGAUUGAAUUAUGCACUUUUUGGUAGGAAGGAUUUAUUGAUUUGAAUUAUUGU